CCUCCCAAAGUGCUGGGAUCACAGGAGUGAGCCCUUGCACUGGCGCCCUCUGGCAACUCUGAUUGGGGGUAAGGAGACUGCUCCUGUUCCUCCCUGCUUGCAUCUCAUGUGUUCUCUCCCCACCCCUUCCUCCUUCCUCCUUCCCUCUCUCCUUGUAGCAGCCCCUGUCAAAGGGAACAGGAAGCAGUCCACGGAGGGUGACGCCCUAGACCCACCUGCAUCCCCCAAACCUGCUGGUGAGCAGAACGGGAUCCAGAACCCCAUCUCACUGGAGGACUCCCCUGAGGCAGGCGGGGAGCGGGAGGAGGAGCAGGAGCGGGAGGAGGAGCAGGCCUUCCUGGUCAGCCUCUACAAGUUCAUGAAGGAGCGACACACGCCUAUCGAGAGGGUGCCCCAUCUCGGCUUCAAGCAGAUUAACCUGUGGAAGAUCUACAAGGCAGUGGAGAAGCUGGGGGCCUAUGAGCUGCAGUCCAUGGCCCUAGGAGGGAGAAUCGGCUGGCCGCUGCUGGAGCCGCAGAGCAGCUGCCCAACUGCAGUCCUUCGAGUCCCUGUGAGGGUGGCCGGAGCUGCAAGGACCCCGCCGCCAGGGGGCGCCCGCCGGCCGCGCCCUCACGAGGUGCCCUUGCAGGUGACCGGGCGCCGCCUCUGGAAGAACGUGUACGAUGAGCUGGGGGGCAACCCAGGCAGCACCAGCGCGGCCACGUGCACGCGCCGUCACUACGAGAGGCUGGUCCUGCCAUACGUGCGGCACCUGAAGGGGGAGGAUGACAAGCCGCUGCCCACCUCCAAGCCCAGGAAACAGUACAAGAUGGCCAAGGAGAACAGGGGGGAUGAUGGGGCCACCGAGAAGCCGAAGAAGGCCAAGGAGGAGCGGCGCAUGGACCAGAUGAUGCCAGGAAAGACCAAAGCAGAUGCUGCUGACCCAGCACCACUUCCCAGCCAGGAACCCCCCAGGAACAGCAUAGAACAGCAGGGCCCGGCCUCUGGGUCUUCUGUGUCCUUCGUGGGUGCCAGCGGCUGCCCCAAGGCCUACAAGCGGCUCCUAUCCAGCUUCUACUGCAAGGGGACACACGGCAUCAUGUCACCGCUGGCCAAAAAGAAGCUCCUGGCCCAGGUGAGCAAGGCGGAGGCCUUGCAGUGCCAGGAGGAGGGCUGCCGCCAUGGGGCAGAGCCCCAGGCGUCCCCAGCUGUUCACCUCCCAGAGAGUCCCCAGAGCCCCAAAGGGCUGACUGAGAACUCCAGGCACCGGCUGACCCCUCAGGAGGAAUUGCAGGCCCCAGGUGGCAGCCUCAGGGAGGAGGCACAGGCGGGCCCCUGCCCGGCAGCCCCCAUCUUCAAGGGCUGCUUCCACACCCACCCCACCGAGGUGCUGAAGCCUGUCAGCCAGCACCCCAGGGACUUCUUCUCUAGACUUAAAGAUGGGGUGCUACUGGGGCCUCCUGGCAAAGAGGGGCUGUCAGUGAAAGAGCCCCAGCUGGUGUGGGGCGGGGACGCUAACCGCCCUUCUGCAUUCCACAAAGGUGGCUCCAGAAAGAGCAUCCUCUACCCCAAGCCCAAAGCCUGCUGGGUGUCCCCCAUGGCCAAGGUCCCAGCCGAGAGCCCCACACUCCCGCCCACCUUCCCCAGUAGCCCAGGCCUGGGCAGCAAGCGCAGCCUGGAGGAAGAGGGUGCUGCCCACAGUGGGAAGAGACUGCGGGCCGUGUCUCCCUUUCUUAAGGAGGCGGAUGCCAAGAAGUGUGGGGCUAAACCUGCAGGGUCUGGCCUGGUCUCCUGCCUUCUGGGCCCAGCCCUGGGGCCUGUGCCCCCAGAGGCCUACAGGGGCACCAUGCUGCACUGCCCGCUGAACUUCACUGGCACCCCGGGCCCCUUGAAGGGCCAGGCUGCACUCCCCUUCAGCCCCCUGGUCAUCCCGGCCUUCCCGGCCCACUUCCUGGCCACUGCAGGCCCCUCGCCUGUGGCCGCUGGCCUGAUGCACUUCCCCCCCACAUCCUUCGACAGUGCCCUCCGCCACAGACUUUGCCCGGCCUCAUCUGCCUGGCACGCACCACCAGUCACAACCUAUGCAGCACCCCACUUCUUCCACCUCAACACCAAGCUGUAGGCCAGCCCAUGGUGUCGUGUACACUGUGGAGUCAACAGGGGCCUACAACAGGCAGGUGCUGCUGCCAGGGGGCUCUGAACUAGUGCCUGCUACCCAGGACACCUGGGCCAUGCCCCUGGCUGGGCAGCCUGGCACAAGUGAAGAAGGAGGCAGUGGGAAAACUGGGUUUAUCUCAAGGCAGCAGCCUGAGCACAGGAGCAGAGGACCCAGUUGUUAUAAGGCCCUGGGAGAGGGUGGGCUGCUCCCACUGCCCCAGAGCGGAGCUCGAAACACCCAGGUUGCCCACGGAAAAUCCAAUAAAAAGACACCAGUGUGAAUCCA